AUGUCUCAAUAUUUUGGUAAGACCAUUUCGUUGAUCUCUGUCACUGAUAACAGGUAUGUCGGUUUGUUACAGAACAUUGACUCUGAAAAGGGUACUGUUACUUUGAAUGAGGUGCGCUGUUUUGGUACUGAGGGUCGUAAGAACUGGGGUCCCGAUGAGGUUUACCCAAAUCCUACUGUCUACCAAUCGGUUAAGUUCAACGGUAACGAUGUGAAGGAUUUGAGCAUCUUAGAAGUUAAAUUGCAUGAAGUUCAGCCUGUUAUGCCGCCACCACAUGUGUUACAACAGCAGCAACAGCAGCAAGUUGAGCCUAACUCAAAUGCAAAUGAGGGUUCCUUCCCGGCUCAGACACCAUCUGACCAAGCCCCUGUUCCACAACAACAGGCACAACAGGCACCUAAGCCUGAUGUACCAGCUGCUGUGUCAGGAUAUGGUGUCUAUGCACCAUCAGCUUCUGAUAGCACUGCUGUUGGUACAGCAACAUUUAGUGACAGCAUUGCUUCCUCGACUCAAUCUGGUAAUGCUAAUUCUGAUGACUUCAACAAAUCAUCUCAAGGUUCCAGACAGCAACAUAGAAAGCCAUCUCAUCAGCAUGCUGCCCCACAUAAAGUUGAAAUCCCAGACAGUGACUUUGAUUUUGCAACCAACAAUGCCAAAUUCAGUAAGACUGAAGAAGAAGUUCUUGAAGAAAAACCUGAGUUGCCUGACCAAGAUAAAUUUUACGACAAGAAGUCAUCCUUCUUCGAUUCUAUAUCCACAUCCGCUGAGGAAAAUACAAAUAUGAGAUGGAGUGAAGAGAAGGAACUAAAUUUGGACACAUUUGGCCAAGCUUCAGUAAGACCUAGAUUCCAGAACGGCAGAGGUGGUAGAGGUGGUAGAGGUAGAGGUAGAGGUCGCGGCAGAGGGCGCGGCAGAGGAGGUAGAGGUUCUUUCAAUAAUUACGGUCACGAUAAUUAUCAAAACCGCCAGCAUUUCAACCAAUUCCAGGCUGCCUCAAAUGCUCAUAAUGAGAAAUUGGAAUUUUAA